AUGGAUAUAUUUUCCAUCGCAAGCAAUGUUUCGUAUUAUCAGAUUCUGAAUUUCUUACGCCCACAGGAAUGCUUGAGACUGAAAAUCAUCGAACGUUUACUGAAAGAGGGAUCGAGUGCCGAGGAGCCCAUAAAUAUACCAUUAUCGGAUUAUUCAAGUGAUGAAGGCAGCAGUUCUAGUUCUGAUAAUGAAGGUAAAGCUUCUGCUAAGGAAUUUUCGGAUUUAGAGGGUCCUUGUUGUCAUCCAUUAAGAGCGCCACCAUGUUCACCAGAGUUAGAUGUGGAAAUACGUAAAUUCCGUUACAGUCGUAUGCGUAAAAUUAUGCAAGAAUUGGAUCGUAUAUAUUUCCAACCAUUAUUUCAUAAAAAAUUUCGUUUUCUAUUAAAAGCAAAACGUUCAACCAUCAAGAAACGUAAAAGAAAACUUAACAAGAUAGCAAUGGACUUGAGUUCCACUACAAUGGAGUCUCAAACUUUAAGGGAAAAACAAAAUUCUAGUAUAAUCAAUCAAAUCACAUUACAAUAUGUUAGAAAUUUUGGAAAGUGUGAAAGUUCUACUUCUAUUCAAACUUUGAGACCUCAGGAACAAGAUAUAGGCAACAAAUCAAAACAUUUUAACAAAAAACGAUUAAAGGCUGUUGGUCCAGAUCUGGAGAAAAAGAGACUUGUAAAAGUAUCAAGAAAAUUACGUUUGUGGCUGAAGAAACGUAAAAUUUUUAUAGUGCGAAGAAAAUUGCCUCACCGCUUAAAGUUCCGUUUAAAAUCAUUACAUCGCCGGAAAAAAGACGAGCGUCUACUCCUAGAUAUGCCAACCACCGAUCCCGGAUCAGAUUUAUUAUUCUCCACCGAUGACGAGUACAUCGAUGCUAAUGGCGUUGUCACUUGCUAUGGCACAAUGCCACCACGCAUUAGACGCAAUCUAUUAAAAAGUGAAUUACAAAGACGUUAUAUAGAAGAAAUUGGUGAUGGUCUUAGGAAUAUGCCGCCCGAACUGAUAAUAACAUCGCCCUCGAAUAAGCCGAAACAAAAAAAUCAUUCUGUGCGAAUACUGUACAAACCAACAGCUGCCGAAAAAUAUGAAAGAAAAUUACAAACAACAAAUGAACUGCCGUUUAUAGGACAUCCAGCGAAAAGAACAAGUUCAUGGCAUAAUUUAAACACGGCCGGACACUCGCCAACAUUGACGCCCUACAAACCAAGUGCUACGAAAAAUAAAGCCCAUAGUCCCUUUUAUCGACCUUUGUCAAAAAAGGAACCCUUAACAAAAGAAGAUUUGGAUAUUAAAUUGUCUUUGAAAAAGAAAAUUUGGACUGGUAUUCAACCGGAUGAUAUUUCGCUGGGCAUUGAUCGCACACGACCUUUAUCAUGGGUGGCGCCACAAUCUCUGAAAAGUAAAAAGAUGAGCAGUGAUCAACAUUUAAAUUGUGGCUUGAAUUUAGCAAAACUUUCAAGCAGCAAUAACACAAAAAGAUGGGAAAAUGAAGCAUUUUUAACAGCCUGUACCCAAAAGUUAAUGGAGUGGCAAAUAAUGAAUUCAAAUCCCGAUGCAUCUCCAUGUAGUCAAAAAACCAAAGUGCCUCUAAAACUAGUAGUACCAGAUAUAAAUGAAGAUCGUACAAUGUGUUUAUUUAAGCAUUUGGCCAAUAUAAAAAAACCCUGUACACCAAAUUCUUCCACAAAACCAGACAAUGAAGCCACCAGUACUAAAAUAAAAACUAAAAGAACUACCAUCUCCAAAGUUGUCGAAACUAGUAAAAUUUUAACCAAAAUCAGCAAAUCUAAACCACGCAACAACUUAGCCAUAACUCAUCGAGCUGGGGCCAAGCAAACCGGCACACAACAUAGAACACAUGGACGUAGUAAUAAAUUCAAAACUGGUGGCUUAGUAGUGACAGCAGUGCAGACAGGAGUUAGCAGUAAUGGCGCGGCAGGCGCCAAAAAGAAUAAGAAAUUAAAAUCAUUACAAAAUAAACUUGCAAAUACCAGCAAUUCUAAUGCAAACAAUGUGGGUUGUGUCGAAGCCCGCAGACCCUCGACUCAUAACAAUAAUAGUAGUAAUGGUGGCCUUAUUAUGGCUGCAACGGCCACCACAAUAGUACGCAAAGUUAAAACAAAAUUAAAAAAGAAAAAACUAUCCACAAAUGUUAAACCAGAAACUGCAAUUAGUUUAAAUGCAAUUUAUAAUAAUAAUUCUGAUGGAUCUACCAAAUCACAAUAA